AUUAUCCUCCACAAAGGAACGAAAGCCGCGACAAUCAGAAAACUUGCUGCUUUUGCUUCUUCCACUGAGAGAGAGAGAGGAAACUCAGAACAGCUCAGUCUCACCAUGUCUUCCUCUCACCUCUCCAUCUUCCCUUCUCACAAACUAUCCCACCUCUCAUCGCACUCCUCGCUCUCCUCUCUCUCCUCCUUCCUCCCCUCCCCACUAGCCCCCACCACCCCUCGUCCCUCCACCACCAUCCACUGUAGCCUUCGCGACCUCCGCGACCGCAUUGACUCCGUCAAAAACACCCAAAAGAUCACCGAAGCCAUGAAACUUGUCGCUGCCGCCAAAGUCCGACGUGCUCAGGAGGCCGUCGUCUCGUCCCGGCCCUUCUCCGAAACCCUCGUAGAAGUCCUAUACAACAUCAACACCCAACUUCAAACCGACGACAUCGAUGUCCCCCUCACCAAAGUCCGCCCUGUUCGCAAGCUGGCCCUCGUCGUCGUCACCGGCGACCGCGGCCUCUGCGGUGGAUUCAACAACGCCGUCUUAAAGAAAGCGGAAUCUCGAAUAGCCGAAAUCAAAGUCCUAGGUCUCGAUUUCAUAGUCAUUUCGGUUGGGAAGAAGGGGAAUACGUAUUUCCUACGCCGGCCUCACAUUCCAGUCGAUCGAUUUCUUGAUCUCGGUAAUCUUCCUACCACUAAGGACGCGCAGGCCAUAGCAGAUGACGUUUUUUCCCUUUUUGUUUCCGAGGAGGUUGAUAAAGUUGAGCUUUUGUAUACGAAAUUUGUGUCCUUGGUGAAAUCUGAUCCUGUGAUUCAUACACUGUUGCCCCUAUCGCCGAAGGGAGAGAUUUGUGACAUCAAUGGUGUUUGUGUUGAUGCUGCUGAGGAUGAGCUUUUUCGAUUGACGACAAAGGAAGGGAAAUUGACUGUGGAGAGGGAGACGGUGAGGACUCCUACGCCGGCGUUUUCACCAAUUUUGCAAUUUGAGCAGGAUCCUGUUCAAAUUCUGGAUGCAUUGCUUCCCUUGUAUCUGAACAGCCAGAUUCUGAGAGCUCUUCAGGAGUCAUUGGCGAGUGAGCUUGCGGCCAGGAUGAGUGCUAUGAGCAGUGCGACGGAUAAUGCUAUUGAGCUGAAGAAGAAUCUUUCCAUGGCUUAUAAUCGGAAACGGCAAGCUAAGAUUACUGGUGAAAUUUUGGAGAUUGUGGCCGGAGCUGAAGCCCUUAUAUAGUCUGGUUUCUAUGCUCUGUGUAAAGGAAAAUGUUUUCUUUAUAUCUAUUUGGUUCCAAAUGAAGAAAUAAUGCUGGAUAUGACUUUCUUGUAAGAGAAUUCUUCAGAUAUCUAUGUUGUCUUAUACUUCUUCCAUUUAUGAAAUUUUGAUUUAUGAUUGCAAA